AUGAAGAAUGACCCAUCCACAGCUGCAGCCCCACUUAGGGGGGUCGGGGGUGCCCUAAGCAGCAGCGAAACGGUGCGCGUCGUCCCGUCACCAGCGGCGGCCGAGGCUCUUCUGGAGGAGGCGGCCGACCACCUAGUGGUGCACCGGGACUUCCGGGAGGCGCUGCACACCUGCGUGCGAGCCGGCCAGAGCCUGAGCAACUACGCCCUGGCUGACGGGCCUGUGGGCACUUCCUUAGAAGUGAAAUGCUCCCUGUGUGUUGUGGGGAUCCAGGCCCUGGCAGAAAUGGAUCGGUGGCGGGAAGUUAUUUCCUGGGUUCUUCAGUAUUACCAGGUCCCUGAAAAGCUACCCCCCAAAGUCCUGGAGCUGUGUGUUCUUUUAUACAGCAAAAUGCAAGAGCCUGGAGCCAUGCUGGAAGCGGCCAGUGCCUGGAUCCAAGACCCAGACAAUCAGGGCCUUCCAGAAUACAGAGCCUUGGCAGAACUUUACCUGCAGCAGGUGCUGCUGCCUCUGGGCUGCUUGUCGGAGGCUGAGGAGCUAGUGGUGGGCUCUGCAGCCUUCAGUGAGGAGCAGCAGCUGGAUGUACUCCAGGUCAUCAGCAUAGCAAGGCAACAGCAGAAACAUGAACACUCUGACUCUGAGGAGGACCAGAAGCUCACCCAGGACGACUCCUCCCACAAGUUUCUGUCACUACUGAUGUUGCUUCGCCGGCUUUGGGACUCUGCAGUGAGCCACUUCUUUUCCCUGCCCUUCAAAAAGAGCCUCCUGGCCACCUUGAUUCUCUGCCUCUUGGUGGUGAGGCUUGAUCCAGCAUCUCCUUCCUCCCUGCCCUUCCUCUGCAAGCUGGCUCAGCUCUUCCAUUGGAUCCGGGAGGCUGUGUUUUCUUCUGUCUACUAG